UCCAUCCCAGAGCUGGGCUUCCAUUCUAGAACUUGAGUUGAAGUCUAGAACUCGUGAUGGGUCUCUUCUACCCAGUGUGGAACCUUCUGGGUGACCUGAUUGCUUCAAGAACCAAAUGGCUUCAGCAGGGCUGGUUGGAAUUACCAUGAUCCUUCACACAGCUGAUGUCCUCCAUGCCUUCGCCAUCAUGGAGAAGGAAGAUGUGUUCAAGAAGACUCCUUGCCCAGCCUUUCUGAUGUAUGAGAACGCCGCCUACCUGGCUGAUAUGAGCUUUGAGCUGCCUUGCAACUGCAAGCCAGAACAGGUCCCCUCCGUGGUGUGGUACUUCCAGAAAAGCCUGGGCAGUCAUCAGAGCAGAGUCUUGACGGACCUUGAUGGCACGUUGAUUGUGGACUCCAGCUCAAUCAAGGUGGAAAGCGACAUGCUCCGGCGCUUCAGCAUCAGGAUGUUCAGCCUCAUUGUCUUCCGAGUCCAGGUCGAAGAUUCGGGGCACUAUAUUUGUGGCACAAAGCGAGGGGACUUCUUCUACGGCUACGACGUGGACGUGCAGCCUUCGAAGGGCAUAGACGUUGCCUUUGCAGACAGCAAUCAGCACCCCCAGGAUGACCACUAUGAAACACAAUUCACGGUCUCCACCAUCUUCUGGGACUGGACUAAGUGUGACCGUUGCGAUGUCAGAGGUGAGCAGCGAAGAAUCGGUCUUUGCUACGUGAAGAGCUCCUACCUGCUCCGGCGGUACCGCACGACCACAGCCGAGGUCGCCUCCUGCGGCUCUCGCUCCAUCCCGAAGGAGUUCCAGAGCGUCAUCCGGCACAGGAAGCCCGAGGUUGUCAUCCGAAGUUGCAUGAGGCCUUGCGGAAAGAAAAAGGCCUCCCAGAAAGGAGAAGCCUCCAUCUCGGAUGUCAUCUCGAAGCUUGGGGAGAAGCCGUGGCUUCCUGAUGUGCCUCUUCAGUUCCAUAAGCAGCCCCUCGGCAGUGGGGUGAUCAUCGCUUGCCCCGGAGCCAGGCCAGAACAUGCCGUGGCCUGGGACAAAGACUCCGCUCGGCUGUAUUUCACCAGGUACCUCACUGGGGUCAACAGGAGCAUGAGGGUCUUCAUCGAUCACGGAAACCACCUGCACAUUCGGUUUGCCCAGCUGAGUGACCGAGGCACAUACUACUGCUGGCGAGAGGGGCAAAUGGUGGCUGGAUUCCGGCUCUCCGUGGUCUAUGAGAGUCGCCGCAGACGACGUCUGGAUGAUCCCGAGGCGCUGUAUGCAGUCAAGGUCAUUGCCGUAGGCUACGUCCUCAUCACCGUAGUGUUUGCUGCCAUCCACGUCGUCCGCUGUUGCCUUUAUGCCUUCCGAUGCACAGCGAUGGAAUAG